AUGAAGAAAUUAUUGUUGGUUAUUGUUUAUCUUCUUCUAUUUAAUAUUUGUUCGCUUAUCGCUGAUAAAUCAUUUGACUUUCGUUUGAUUUCGUAUAAUGAAUUAUUAACAAGUGCGCAAGUCUAUCAAAAUGAUGAUGAUCAUAUGUUUGAUGCAAUUACAAUCGAUCAACAACAAGAUCAGAUUAUUGUUGGAGCAAAAAAUGUCAUAAUUCGUUUGUCUCUUGGUGAUUUUCAAUUAUUAGAAAGAUUUAAAUGGGAAUCAUCAACAAAUGAAAAAACUAUAUGUCAUAAUCAAAUCCAAACAUUUAAUGAAUGUGAAAAUUAUAUUCGCGUAAUAGCCCUUCGAUCUCACGAUCAAUCACUACUUACUUGUGGAACAAAUGCAUACCAUCCAAUAUGUGUCUGGCGUCGUCCAGAUUCGCUUUCAACAUUUGUUUCCAAUGAAAAGUUUAUUUCUGGUAGUGGAAAAUCUCCGUAUAAUAGUCAAUAUUUAUCUGUAUACAACCUUAUUGAUACCGGAGAAUUGUAUUCUGCAACGAUUAAUGAGCCAAUAUUUGGUGUUAAUGACCCAUUAAUACAAAGAAGUUUUAGUUUAAAAAAACAAUUACGAACACAACAACAUGAUUCGAAUUGGUUAAAAAAUCCGUAUUUUGUUCGAAUAUUAAAUAUUGGUCAAUAUAUGUAUACAUUUUUCCGUGAAACAUCUCUUGAACAUCUGUCAUGUGGAACGAAUGUUUACUCUCGUCUUGCACGUGUAUGUAAAUAUGAUGAUGGUGCAAUGCAAUUUAGUGAUACAUUUCGUUCGUACUCCAAAUUACGCUUAUUAUGUUCAAAAAAAUUAUUGAAUGAAAUAAAUUCAUUUGAUUUUAAUGAACUUCAAUCAAUUUAUUUUCAUUCUUCAUUAAACUUAAUUUAUGGAGCAUUUAACGUACCAAAAAGUGGUCUAAUUGGAUCAGCUAUUUGUAUUUAUACGGUUGAACAACUUGAAAGUGCCUUCAAAUCGUCAUUUCUAACGCAGAAAUCAAAUGAUUCAUAUUGGAUGCCAUCUUCUUCAACAGAACAAGAUAUGGAAAAAUGUGAUUCAAAUUUAUCAAACGAAUUAUUACCAGUAUCAUCAGGACCUGUACUUCGAUCGAAGGUUUUACAAUCAUCAUUUAACGCGCUUAUAUUCGACGAUAUACGUAUUGGCCAUUUAUUAGUUGAUCAUUUUAAUGAUCUAACUAUUUUCUUUGUUAUUACUUUGGAUGGUUUGUGGUUAAGAAAAUAUUCUUUAAUAGUCCAUGAAAAUGAUAGGCAACUGUGUUUAAUUGAACAAAUUGAAUUGAAACCAUCGAUGAUUUCUUCCGAUGAGUGGAAAGUGAAUAAAGCAGAAUUUAUUUCACAAAAAAAAGAAAUAAUCUUAACAACAUCUAAAUCUGUAUUAAAAAUAUCUGUUGCACGAUGUAAUCGAUUCAAUACAAGUCAUCUAUGUUCUGCUGCGAUGGAUCCAUAUUGUACAUGGGAUAAUUAUUAUCAACGAUGUACUUUUUCUAAACUUCUAUCAUGGAAAAAUUCUCGUCAAUUAUUAACAUGUCCAAUUCUUAAUAUAACAAUGGAUGGUAGUUGGACAUCUUGGUCAUCAUGGUCUACAUGCCAACAAGAAACAGGUGAAACUUGCCAAUGCCGUACAAGAACAUGUACGCAACCAAAACCUCAAUUUGGUGGAAAACUUUGUCAAGGAAAUUUUAUUGAAAUAAAUCAAUGUGAAAUUCAUGGUGGGUGGUCUCCUUGGAGUACUUGGAGUAUAUGUCCACAAAAAUGUGGGAAACUAUUUCGAUCAAGAGCACGAACUUGCACAAAUCCUAAACCAAAAAAUAAUGGUAGAAUAUGUAUUGGACCUGAACGUGACGAAGAACCAUGUCCUGAAAUAAUUUGUUCAAAUGAAACUUCAAGAUUAAGUAGCUGGACUGAAUGGGAUGUUUGUUCGAAAUCAUGCGGUAGUGGAAUGCAAAAACGACGACGAUCAUGUUUAAGUAACCAUGAAAAAUGUACUGAAUGUUUGAAUGAAAUGCGUUUAUGCAAUGAAUUACCUUGUCCAACCCAACCAGUGGCAAUAUGGAGUAAUUGGACACGAACUACACUUAAAGAUCAAUUGAAUGGGAAUGAUAUGAUAACAGAAACACGGACUCGUUUUGUUUGCACAAUUUAUUCGUCAUCUGAUCAACAAUUAUUAAAAAUAAAUUCAGAUAAAGUUCUUCAUAGAGUGUGUGAUCAGGAAGGAGAUAAUUGUCAGCAAACAGAUCCGCCUGAUGAUUGGUCAUCAUGGUCUGAUUGGAGCGAAUGUUUUCCAUCUUGUGAUAUUACUGGUUCGACACAAACUCGUCGUCGUACUUGCUUAGAUCGUCAUUGUUUUGGUGAAGACGUCGAAAUACGUGAUUGUUUAUCUUGUUCUUCACAAUUGAAAAAUAAUUGGUCUUGUUGGACAGAUUGGUCUGAUUGUUCAUCAUGUUCAUCCAUUCGGUCCUAUUCAACUAAAUAUCGUACUCGUACGUGUCUUACAAAUUCAUGUAAUGGCUUAUCACGUGAAGAACGUUCAUGUUUAUGUCCUUCAGUGUUAGAAUUUUUCAAUGAAUAUCGCUUUAAUUUUCUUCAGCUUAUUUUAAUUAGUUUGAUAUCAUUUUUAUUCGGUUGUUUAUUAAUACUUUGUAUGUAUCGAUCAUGUUGUUACCAUUGUCGUCGGCGUAUAGAUGAUAAAAAUAACUUUCACAGAUCAACAUCCAAUUCAUCAUCGAGUCCGCAUACAGCAAUUGAUUCAGAUACAUUUACAACAUUAUUAAACACAAAUACAAAUCAAAAUAAAUUUCGCAGUUUCGAUUCAUCCUCUCUAUCAACAACUUGUGCUAAUAAUUAUUUUAAAGAUAUUCCAUCAAGAAAACUUAAUAUGUAUAUUAAUUCAAAAGAUAUAUCACCAUUACCACCUGUGGCAACAUUAAAAAGAGUAUCAUUAAUGUCAUCGAUGAAAAUAAAUCUUGAUGCUGACGAUAUUUAG